ACCGGCUGAAAGUAAGGGACUCGCAUUCGGCAGGAAAGGAAACCGUAAAAAGACGACUAUGGAGAAAGCAACAAGGUUUGUCCUCGCUGUGUUCCUCAUCGUCAUGACAACGAGCUGCACUCAGGGUCAAAUGGUCACGGCAUGCACUUCCUGCACAAGUGGAUCAGGCACGAGUCAGGUCACCCAACAUCAUGAUGCUUCCAGCACAAAUCCAGUGAUCACAUCCAGGACCUCAUCCACUGGUGCAAACGACAACAGUGGUGAUGCAUCGACCUCGGGGUCUCCCAAUCCCCCAUCGUCCACCUCGGUGUACACCCCCACCGCGUCAGGUCGACCCGCGGUAUCUCCCGGGAACACUCCGAGCCCUGGGGAGACGCCGUCUACUUCUAAGCCGUCCCCGAGUGGGACUAACUCUCCUGGAGCCACAACCUUAAAAGCGGGGACAUGUUGUUUGUUUUGGUCCUGCGGUCCAAUGCUGCUGUCUGUCAUUUUAGCUCUCAUCUGGAAUGCAUAAACCACCUUAACUGCUAGAGAAGGCAUUCAUAUGGCCCCAUUCCUGGGUGGAUCUCGCGUAAGGGGAAGAGGGGUCGGUUAAUCAUUUUGUAAUGCUGAAAAUGAUAUAAAGCGCCAUUCUAUAUA